UGCUGUACCUUCCUCCCGGCGUUUCCUGGACUGCGGAAUCUGCACAACAGCUCGGUCUCCUUAUUUGGAAGAAGAGGUUGACUGUUUUUGUAAAGAGCCACAAUGAUGGAGAACUGAGGAUCACCAGUUAGCACCUUUCUGUGCAGUGACCAUUUUACUCAGAAAAAAUACUGACUUUUAUUGGAGUAAGCUGAGAUUCACGGAUCCGCUGUUACUGGUGAUCUACCUCCAAGGACCCCCUCCCCGACGUCUGCUGCAGUAUGAUGGAGUCACUGUCACGACCUACACUGUUUGACUUCCAUGGAGUCUGCAUGACCAAUUACUUCACUGACAACUGGGAAAACGUCCAGAAUUUCAGAGCAAGACCAGAUGAUAUCGUCUUAGCUUCUUACCCUAAAGCAGGAAACACAUGGGUGUCUUACAUCCUGGAUCUUUUGUACUUUGGCCAGACUUCACCUGAACGUCAAAGCUCAGUCCCACUCCAUGAACGAGUGCCAUUCCUGGAGAUACAAAUGUCUGGUUACCCCUCAGGAGUGGAUGUGCUGAAUGAAUUAACCACCUAUCCACGCAUUAUCAAGACACACCUACCAGUCCAGUUCCUUCCCAAAUCAUUCUGGGAGCAGAACUCCAAGAUCAUCUAUGUGGCUCGUAAUGCCAAAGACAGUGCCGUAUCCUAUUUCCACUUUGAUCGCAUGAACAAGGUCCAGCCAGAGCCUGGCAGCUGGGAGAGUUUCCUCCAGAGAUUCAUGGAGGGAAAAAUGGUGUUUGGCUCCUGGUACGAACAUGUAAGAGGAUGGUGGGAGAAGAAACAGAGCUGUUCUAAUAUCCUGUAUUUGUUCUAUGAGGACCUGAUUGAGGAUACUGAACAAGAACUCGUCCGCAUCUGCUCAUUCCUGGGACUGUCUCCUACCACAGAGCUGAAGAAGCAAGUCACAGAAAAAGUUCAAUUUGACAACAUGAAGAACAACAAGAUGGUGAAUGGCUCCGCUGAUGAAGUCUUCGAUUUAAAAAUCUCCCCCUUCAUGCGCAAAGGAAGGGUUGGCGACUGGAAGAAUCACUUCACUGUACAGCAGGAUGAACAGUUUAAUGAGGACUACAAGAAGAAGAUGAAAAACACUGAUCUUCAAUUUCGUACCGUUCUGUAGGUGAUUAUACAAAACGGUAUAACUGUAUAUCUGCCAUUGUGUUAGAUAUGCAAGCAAGAAUAAAGAAAAACAUGAUAGCAAA